AUGUCUUCAUCUUCAUCUUUUGGGUUCACUUUGGAAUCAGUUUCAAAGGAUAGUAUCGAUUUAAUCUUACAACAAAAAGAACAAGAUGAAAAGAAUAGAUUAGAACAAGAAGAAAAAGAAAAACAACAACAACAACAACAAGAAGAAGAAUCAAAAGGAGAAGAUGAAACUGGGACUAGUACUACAAGUACUACAACUACAAACACAAACACAAAUGAUCAAAAGAUAAGAGAUGGUGAGGAGGUGCAACCAGUUGUCAACAAUAACAAUACCAAUGUUGCCGACAACACUCCAAGACAACCAGAUACUCAAUUGGAAGAUGAUGAUCACAAGCCAACUACUCCAUCGUCCGAGAUCCUCCCAAAAAUAGUUGAACCUCAAGAAGGAGAGAUUAAAGGAAAGGAUUUGGAUGACUUGUUGGCCAAGAUACCAGAGACUUAUUCACUGUCGACUGUUGAAAAGGACAUCAAAGGCUUUUCACAAGACUUGAGAGCCACUACAAUCAAGCCGUUUGAAUCGGCCGUCUUGUCAGAUGUAGAGUCGAAAAAGUUAAAGUUUCCACCUCCAUUGAUCGCUCCGAGAACAGAAGAGGAACGAUUGGCACAAGAGGAGCGCGACCGAUUGACCGAGGAGAAACGUAUACAAUCGGGCAUCGACAAAAAGAACAAGGAAGAACAAGACAAACAAGACAAAAAACUAGAAGACGAAAGAAAAAAGGAAGAGAAGAAAGAUGACGAACGAAGAGGAAGAGAGGAAAAAGAGGAAAAGAAAGAAGAGGAAAAGAGAAAAGAGGAAAAGAAAAAGACUGACAAGAGCAAGACAAAGAUUGCAGGUCAGUUUGACAAGGUUGCCAACAAACGUGAUGAAGAUAAAGCUAGAGAGGAUUUGAUUCGUCUUUCAUCACCUCCACUUGGACAUCAACAACCACCAACCUUUGUAGUUGAAUUAGAUUUCAGUGCACAUUUACCAAUUGCGUCACCUGAAAAUCCUCUACUUCUCUAUUGGGUGCCAGAAAUCACUCCAAAGAAUCCUGGAUUCGAUAGAGAUUUUCCAACUGCCGGUUGGACAUACAACGAACCACUCAAGAAACUAGUAUACACUCCUCCACAACCAUGGACAAUGUCUACUAAAUACACAGUCUCUAUUCCAUCGACUGUCACCCUUCCCGAUGAAACUACCAUCCUCCGAUUCAAAGAGGAACAAGUUGAGUUUUCAACAGCCACUCCAGUCAUCACUAGCAAGAUGGAUAGUCGUUAUCCAACCAAUCAAACCAUCCUCAUUGCCUUUUCACAAUUCAUCUCUGUCAAUGAUGUACUCCCAUUCAUCAAGAUUGAUGGUUUGGCAGAACCUGUAAAUCAAAACUCUCUCUACCUCGUCCCAGAAGAUGAAAUGUUACAAGAUCCUAAAAUCUCUCAACUUGUCUUAGGAAAUGAAGGUAAAUGUAUUGGAAUUAAACCAUUAUUGGGAUUAGAUUCUGAUAGACAAAUUAGUGUUACAGUUUUGGCUGGUAUGCCAUCAGCAGAGGGUAGUCUAAAAACAGUUGUACCACAAAAAUACCUAUUCACUACACUUAGAAAGUUUGAGUGUUGUUCAAUCAACUAUCAACAUAGAACAACCACCACUCCUCAAAGUGUCAUUCUUAAUUUCAACAAUACUUUUUAUCAUACUCUUGAACAACCAGCUUCCCUAACUUGGAGACCAAUAAUUAAACCAGAGAUUCCAGGUACAUGGACAAUUACACCAACAUCGAUGGUAUUUUCAAAUGAAGAACCAUGGAAACAUUCAACAGAGUAUAGUGUUAUUAUAAAGGAUGGACCAAAUGAACCAAAUGGACAACCAUUGUCUGACGAUGAAGAGGGUCAUUUUGAAACACCACGUGUUCAAGUGAGUCAUCAAGUGUGUGGUAGAUUGUUUGCCGCAGAGGCUAGACACAACCCCAAUUCACCCUAUGCACACAAUUCAAUUGCCUUUUUCUACUUUAAUCAAUUGGUUAACCGCGAACGAUUUGUUACCGAAUGUCUCUCGGCCAAAGUCAAUAAGUUUGCAGGUAAAUCGGUUGAUUUGGUCAUUGUUCCACGUGAACAAGUGUUUGAAUCGAGAUGGGUUCCAGAGUUUCCAGAUUAUGUAAAGGAUGACACCAAAAAGGAUCUCUGGGUGGCUGUCACAGCUACCAAGGGAUUCCCAGAUGGCCAGAAAAUCAAGUUUGACAUAUCAGGUGAAAUCCAGUCUCUAGAAGGCCCAUUAGUCCACCACACCAAGGAUUCUUUCCAAAUACAGGUGGCUGUAGAGUUUGAAGCAUCACAUAGUGUCAAUCAUGCCAUCAAUUCAAUCUACUUGGAUGUGACUCAUCCAAUUUUAGAGGAAUCCAACAUUACAAAGUUUAAUUUAACUGGGAAUGGUGUGGCAUUACCAAAUAUCACACCUGCACUUGCCGGUCAGUGGAUUGCCAAUUCAGACAGACAACUGUCAUUCAAGUGUGAACCUGGUACUGUCUUUCCAUUAUCUUCACAGUUUACUGUAGAGGUACCAUUGGCUAUGACAUCUUUGAGUGGCCGUACGUUAAAGGAGCCAUACAGAUUUACAUUUGACACUGAACUCCAAUCUAUUGUCAAUGUGUCUACACCAAAUAGUAUCAGUGAAGGUGGCACUACUAUUCAUGCCAACCAGGUAUUUAUCAUUCAGUUCCGUCAACGUGUCGAUAAAAAGGCUGUCAUUGGCGCUGUCAAAUUAGUUGAAAAUAAGACAUUCUCAAAGGUAUCAUUUGAUGUAGAGUUGUGUGAUCAUCCGUCACUACAACCACGAGCUGCAGGUGACACUACUGAAACUGAGCGUGAUUUGGAAAAGUUUGUUGCAUUCCGUCCAACCAAACCUUUGCCUUACGCUUCUCACAUUCGUUUGUCUCUUGCAAGUGCAUCUCUUUCAAGUCACGGUCCAUUACCUUCCACCGAGAUGGGACCAUACGAAUACAAAACAUGUGAGAAAUUCACUUGUCAACAAUCAACUAUCCUACCAUCCCCAGGUUCAGUUAUCUAUCCAAAUGCUAUCAUUUCAGUACCUUUUAAUCGUAUUUUAAAGGAUGCUAUUAUUCCCAUAGUUCAACCUCGUGUUGUACCACCAACUACAACUCCACCACCAACUACAACUACAACCACAACCACAACAACUACAACUCCUACUACAGUUGUUGCAUCAGGAGAUGUUGAAGAUACUACUACAUCUACAACAACUGCUCCAGUACAGGUCGCAGAAAAGAAUUGGGAUCAUGUAAUUAGUGUUUCACCAGCACCAUCAAUUCCAGGUAGAUGGGAAGCACAAGGAACUAGAUUGGUAUAUGUAACUAGUUUGGAAUCAAAGUGGAUUGGAAGUAACUCUAAAUACGAUGAAACUUUGGAAAAAGAUAUUCAAUGGAAAUAUUCAACCGAUUUGAAUCAUCCUACUGAGACGUACCCACAAAACAGUCAAUUUAUUGCAGUUGAUCAAGCUAGAUUUAUUUCGAUCAAGUUUGCUCAACCUAUUGACCGUGUGUCACUUGCCAAACAGGUAUCUGUCGAUUUGGUAGGAGAUGACAAGAAAAAGAUUGUCCACAAGUUUGUGUUGGCCGAGGCAGCCGACGCAGAAGCUGUUGGAGUGGACCGAUACACCGACAACCACUGGUUAUGCUUAAAGCUUGAACCAGUGACAAACAGCGUGCAAAUCCAAAUCAAUCUGGUCAAUGUGUCAUCUACAAACGGUCCAUUGACCAACGACACCAAGUUCCAGUACAAGUUUAAUGUGUGUCGUAGUAUUCGUGUUCAGACAACCUACUAUUUCGAGGGUAGUGUAAUUGUCACUUUUAGCGAGCCGUUGGCUGGUGAGAAAAACAGUCAGUUGCCAAUCGACUGGAUGCCAACCAUCGUACCUGACCCAGGCGUUCAAAUGCUUUGGAAGAGAACAGAUGGAGAUGAGUCGAUGAUUGGGUUACCAACCACCCGUCUCCCGGGUAGUACCACAUACACCAUCCAAUUGCCAUCGGGAACAAUUACCACCAAGAAUGGCACGGCGUUCAUCCCAGAGGAAUCAGAUGCCAAGCGUCUAGUAUUCUCCACACCGUCAGUUGAAUUGGUUCGUUCGUACCCAUCGCAUUCAAGUCAGACCGUCUUUUUAAAGCGCCCCUUUUUAAUGCAGUUUAACCAGCGUAUCGACCGUGCAUCCGUCCUCAAGCGUAUCAGCGCGCACACUGGCAGCGGACUUAAAAAGAAGAAGAUUCCGGUCGAGUUGUACGAGGAUUUUUCAAAGUUUGAAGAAUACUAUGGUCACUUGAACCCCGACAUGUGUCUGGCUGUCAAGCCAGCCGACAAGCAUGGUGCGUGGGUAUGCGACACCUCGUACACUGUGUCGAUCAAGGAGGGUAUGCGGUCGACUGAAGAAAACUUGGAAUCACUCCACGGAUUUGUACUCGACACUAACUCACUCGACGAGUUGGGCAAGUUGUCGCCACUCAACUCGGUUGCUCAGAGCAGCGGAUACCCUACCCUGUCACACGGUGUGCACUGGCUGCGUUUCAACCAGCGUAUUGACCCAGUCCGUGUACUUGAGCAACUCAAGUUUACAUCGUCCAAAGGUUUGUUGAUCAAGUCAAAGACACACCACAAAGUGCGUCUGGCAACACCCGAGGAGAUUGAGCAUCAUCUAAAGACAUGUGAUUCGCGUAGCAAGAUACUUGCCAGUCAUUUAAACGACGCAUCGUCGGUCGAAAAGAUGUUGGUCUUCCACCCGGUCGACCCAUUCCCAAGCGGUGAAAAGAUCGAGGUUGAACUAUCGACCAUCUCGUCCGAGGAAGGUCCCAUAAUCAACAAGUCACCCUACACCACCUAUUUCCAUAUCUACCCUCUCUUUGAGGUCAAAGACUGCUCGGUAGAGAAUGCCAAAAAGGCGUAUAUUGGAGACACGAUCACACUUACAUUGUCGAGUCAAAUCAAGAUGCUCAAACCUGAGCACAUCAAAAUCGAGCCAGAACAACCCUACAAGAUCAGCGUCAACUAUCGUCACAUCACCAUCACCAACUGUAAACCAAAGACAUUCUGGAACAAGGAUAUUGACUUUAAGAUGACACUCAGCAACCAAAUCUACGAUGAACAAGGUCAACAUCUCCAUCUUGGAAAGGGGUACAGUGUUGAAUGGAAGGCCAAACCAAAAUCAUUCCACUAUGACUUUAUGUAUGGAUGGGACAAGACGUUCAACCGUACCAUCAACACUAUCAAUGUUGGUUCUCUCCUAAAGGGAGACGUUCCAUCUAUCUUGGUGCGUACACUCAACUUGACAGAGAUUCGUGUACAGUUGUACCGUGUCAAUCCAUACACCGACUUCCACAACUUUUACGAUGAGUCGUUGCCAUCGGCCUACUCGCAGUCUUUCAAGACAAAGACGGGUGAGUUGUUGUUUGACGAGGUGCUCCCCAUCGAAGUGUUGGAGAAUGAGGUGAUUGAGAGUUAUAUUGACCUCACUCCAGCUUUGAAUGCCGAGACUCGUCACGGACAUGUUGGCAUCAUCCUCAUCCCCACGCCAUCGGCUGUCUACCCCAACAAGGACGCCUUUGUUCCAUUGAGGGCUUGGGUGCAGUGCACUAACCUCGCUGUCGGUGCCAUCGUCGACACCAAGCACGUCACAGCAUGGACCAACAACUUGGAGACUGGUGAGAAGGUGUCAGGUGCCAAAAUCACCUCCAUCGCCACACUCAACUACUACAACCAACAACUCAAGUUUGCCAAAGCACAGGACAAGAAGCAACUGUAUCUUCUCCAAAAACAGUCUGGAAACAUGGUCGACGGUGUCACUGGUGAUGACGGUGUUGCAAGAAUUGCAGUGCCUGCCAACUAUUUGGCCAGUCAAUUACACGUUGUUGCUGAAAAGGAUGAUGAUGUUGUCAUCCUCACAGAUGUCUAUACCAAGCCAGCAGGUGUCGUCAAGAGUCUUGCAUGGCACGUAUUUGACGAUCAAAGCCUAUACCGUCCAACCGGUACAGUUCAAGUCAAGGGGUACCUUAGAUACUUGUCUCGUGCAGCUGCCGAGCACUCUGUACAUAUCUCUACCCUCCAAAAGGACAUGCUCGUCAAAUGGACACUUUCUGACGCAUCAGAUAGUCAGAUUGCCAAGGGUGACAGUCGUACCAAUGUAUUUGGUCAGUUCUCAUUCCCAAUUAAAUUGGUCGAGAACAUGAACCUUGGUACCGCCAAGAUCAAGCUGUGGGUUGACGAGACUGAAAAGGAGUUCAAGACCACCGGUGGUGACCAUCCCUCUGUCACUGUAAAAGCGUCCGAAGUCAAGCUACUCGAGUUUACACACGAGUUCAAGGUACAAGAAUUCAAGCGUCCAGAGUUCCUAGCAUCGACCGAGUACUUGUUGAAUGAGUUGAACAAAUUCUCGGGUUACACUAUCGUUCAAGUCAAAUCUACCUACUUUGAAGGUGCUGCCAUGUCAGAUACCGACACCAAAUGGCGUGUUGAGAGUAGAAAUGGAACUUUCAAACCACCUGGAUUCUCUCACUUGCACUUUGGAUUUGAUGAAUCGUUUACUUCACUCCUCGACUCUUCCAUCAAACAAUGUAAAUAUAUUGAAGGAAAGACUGCCGAUGAUGGUACACAUGCAGUCAAGAUUGCAUUUAAUGGUGUCGUACCAAACCCACCAUCACCCGUAUUCAUCGAUGCGUCUGUCGAUAUGCACGAUAUUAACAAUCAAGUAGUUGCAUCAACUGCACGUAUCAUCUUGCAUCCAUCCGACAUUUACUUGGGUUUGCAAGCUGACAAUAUCUCGAAUCUAACCAUCACCGAUGCUACGGUUCGCGAACCACUUGUUUUUGAUAUUGUAGCAACCGAUGUUGAUGGAAAGAUCAUCCCAGAUGUACCAGUGCAGGUUGUAUUUAAAGCUACUGCCGGACUUGCAUCCAAGGAAGCUCCACACAGAUUCGAAGAGACAUUUGUCACUACUCAACAUCCAACCGCCUUCCGUCUCCCAUUGAUCCCACCCAAAUUCAAGCCAGACAAUGAACCAGUUGUCUACAAGCUGACUCUUACCGCAAAGGAUUUAGAUGGAAAGGAGACUGUCACCUGUCAUCAGGUCAAUAUCUCUUGGAAAAUGUCUGAAUAUGAUCCAAAGGUCGUCGUCCCCCAAGCACCAAGCAUUGCCUUGCCAGUCAUCACCGCCGAGACUAAUUUGGCCGGUACCUACAAUCCAGUCACUGUCGACGCUGUCAAGCCUACAAAGUACCAUAUCGAUACCAAAGCAUUAGACUAUGCAGUCAUGUCAGAGUUCAAGGUUACAUUGGACAAGGAGUUGUACAACCCAGGUGAAAAGGUCAAGAUCCAAUUACACACUCCACUCCGCGAAGCAUUCAGAGGUGUCGUAUCUAUCCUUGCCAACGGUGUCUUGGCCACAAAGAGCUUUGAGUCGGAUGGCAAGGACAGUCCAUCUGUCUAUGAACUAGAGGUCAUUGAACAAUGGGCUCCAGUCGUCACUCUUCAAUGCGAUAUUUGGUAUGCUGGUCGCAUCAAUCGAUUCUAUGGUAGUCACGUACUCAACGUUGUUCCAGUGAGCAAGAAACUAUCUGUCACUAUCACUCCCGAAGAAGAAGAUGUUGAACCAGGUUCCACCACCAAUAUUGUAGUUGAUGUUAAGGAAUUACUGUCUGGUGCACCAGUUGCCAAUGCCGAAGUUUGUCUAUUGGUCGUUGAUGAAUCCAUUUUAUCACUCACCAAUUAUUCCAUUCCCGAUCCAAUGGCAUCUUUCUAUCCUCAAUCUGGUAAUCCAUAUCCAGAGCAAUUCUUCCGUGGUGUCAGUAACACAAGCAUCGCCCUACAAACCAACAAAAAGGCUCCACUCAAAGUACCACCCAAAGCACAACCACCUACUGUACAACCAGUCGCCGCUGAACCAGUCGUACACGAACUUGAAAUGAGCUUUGAGCCAGAGCACCACGAUAGCCUCGGUGGUGAAUUGCUCGAAGCAGGUUUACUUGGUGGUGGAUCAAAGGACUUUAAAAAGAAGAGUAGUUCUGUACUCUCACCUACCUCUUCCACCUCUACCACAUCACGUUCAAAUGAUUAUACUUCAGCUACUCCAACUGGAUCUCAAGCUAGUGUAGUAUUGGAUAUUCUUGAUACAGCAGGAUGUGAAGAAUACUCUGCAAUACGUGAAUUGUAUUAUCGUACAUCUGUUGGAUUUGUUUUGGUUUAUUCAAUCAAUAAUCUAUCUUCAUUUAAUGAAAUAACAACCUAUUUUGAUCAAAUUUGUCGUGUCAAGGAUUCAGAGGACGUUCCAAUUGUUUUGGUUGGAAACAAGAUUGAUCUUGAAAAUGAUCGUAUGGUUACAACCGAACAAGGAGAGACUCUUGCACGUACACGUGGUUGGAGAUUCUUUGAAGCAUCUGCCAAGACUGGAGUCAAUGUCGACAAUGUAUUCAAAAACAUUGCUGCCAUGAUCCGUAAAAAGACUGGUGGCAAUGAGAUUAAAUUGGCCAUGAUUGGAGAUGGAGGCGUUGGCAAGAGUGCCCUUACCAUUCGUUUCAACCAGGGUCAUUUCAUUGAUGAAUACGAUCCAACCAUUGAAGACUCUUACCGUAAACAAGUGUCGAUUGACGAUGAAGGUGAUGGCCAGCAACAAAGCUAUGCCAAGAGCAAAAAGAAAGGAGGUGCCAUGUCAUUUGGAUUUAGUAGUAAGUCAAAGAGCUAUAACACCUCUUCGGCCAGAUCAUCUGCUCCUCCUGCACCUCGUGCAUCAUCAUCGGCAUCUAAUUCCAGUCUCCCUCAGCCUCCCCCACCAAUGCUAUCGGCUGGUGCCCCUCCCCCACCACCAGGUUCAUCUGCACAAUAUAGAAAGAGCUCAUUUGCUGAAGCCAAGGAGGAACUUCAAGACUGUGGACUAUCAUGUGGUGAUGAAAUGAUGGAGUCUAUUCCAGAGUAUGAUGACAAUGGUGAAUCUGAGGAUGAAGAGGUCGAAGAAGAGAUCGAUAGCAUUGCAUUGAUGCGUACCAACUUUGACGCUCUUGCCAACUUUACACCAUCGGUUUCUACUGAUGCUCAGGGCAAGUGUACCAUCCCCGUCACAAUGCCCGACAAUCUCACCAGAUACCGUAUUUGGGCAGUAGUAUCCAACUCUACCAACCAAAUGUUUGGAAAGGGUGAAGGUAUGGUCAAUGCCAAGAUCAUGUUGUCCACUAGAUGUGUACCACCUCGUUUCCUUAGUUUGGAUGAUCUUAGCACUAUUUCCGUCGUUGUCACCAAUCUCUCCAACAAUGACCGUAUUGUUAAACUCGGUGUCAAGCUCUCUGAGCAUCUCGUCAUUGACAAUGACACUUCUGACGCAUGUAUCGGUCAAUUUGCAAUGGUUGCCAAGAAACGUCGUCGUGUGUUUACAUUUACUGUACGUGCUGUCAACUCUGGUCAUGCAUCGAUUCACAUGUCUUGUGUGUCUGGUCAGUAUGGUGACGCAAUGGAAAUAUCGAUUCCUGUUCACCAACCACCCACCACCCGUACCUCAUCCAUCUAUGGUGUCGUCGAGGAAAGUGGAACUGUGCAAGAUGUCAAGAUGCCACUCGACUCGCUACCAUUCUUUGGUAAGCUCAACAUUGACAUCUCGUCAACCAUCAUCCAAAAUAUUGCCGAUCUUGCAUUCAAGCUCUGGGAGUACCUGUAUGCCCGUACUGAAAACUAUGCUUCCGUAUCGAUUGCAAUGAUCUCGCUCGUCAAUCUCUUUGACAAUCAAGCCGUUCUUUCCUAUCUCCCACCAACCAAAACAAUCCGUUCUCGUCUCCGUUUCAUUCUCGAUCACCUCAGACAAAGACAAAGACAAGACGGUUCAUUCUAUUCAUGGUCUGCCUACACUGGAAUGAUCUGUGAUUCCUUUGAAUCCAUCCAUGCCUGUCACGCCAUUGCAGUAAUGAACUCUAACGAUUAUUCCAUGUCCCAAUCAACUGUCAACAAAGCUAUUGAUUAUCUUCAAGUUUUAACUGCCGAACAUAUCAAUACAAACAAUGGCUAUCAAAGAAUUGCUUGUGCUUAUGCCUUUUAUGUAUUAUAUCAAUUACAUACAAACAAAAAGAAAAAGAUUCAAGUAGCAGAGGAAGCAUUGAAAUUCUAUCAUGCCAAGAAUGUUUAUGAUUUCUCACUUGAGUCGUUGGCCUGGAUUUUAGGAUGUUUGGGAGUAGACCCACAAUUUGAAAAGAAACGUGAUGAAAUUGCCAACUUUAUCAUUAGUCAAGCCUACGAGGAAGAUAACAUGCUCCACUUUAACUCUUACUAUGGAACCAGUAUUCGUGUCCAAAUUUUCCACGAACCAGUAAGAACCUCGGCCGUCAUUCUCAAGUCAUUGGUUGAGAGCAAAUCCAACCAUGAAGCCAUUCCAAAGAUUCUCCUUGGCAUUUUGGACAAAAAGACAAACGGUGUUUGGACCAACGUUCAUUCCAACUCGUGGAUGGUCGCUGCUGUUGCUGCCUAUGCCCAAACCUAUGAAAAGACAGUUCCCAAGUCAGUCGCCCGUGCUUGGUUGGUCAAGAAUGCAGACAGUGCCACUGAAAUCAGAGGUAUCUACUGCGGUCAAACCCCAGUCUUUGAAGGACGUUCAACCAACUCGUACUCGAUGGAGAUUCCUUUGGCUGCUCUCUUUACCAAGAGAGAAUUAAAGCAAGCUCCUGCUACUGCCUCUCUUCUCUCUGCUGAAUUAAGUUUUGGCAAAAACACCAUCUCCAAGUCAAAAUCCAAACAAUCCAAGGAGGAUUUGAAACCAUCGACUAGCAACGAAGCAUUGGCCACUCCUGCUACCACUGCCUCGGUCGAUCAAUUGGCCAUCAUCAAGGAAGAACAACCACCACUCGUCAACGAAACACUUGCGAAACCAAUCCUUACUCCAGACUCUGAAAUUUGGUUACAAAAAGAGGGUAAGGGCAAAUUGUUCUAUAGAAUGAAUGUCCAAUACGCUCCAUCCAAUCUCAAGGUGGAAUCUGAAAACAAUGGUAUGACAAUCACUAGAAAAUUGAUUCCAAAGGGUGACAGAGACAACCUUGUCUUUGACAAGGAAAGAGACGCCUAUGUCAUGAGUGUUGGAACUUGUGCCACCGUCGUCCUCGCUGUCAGCACUGAAAAGAAUCGUUACAAUAUUUGCAUCAACGACAAGUUGGCAGGUGGUGUUGAAACCAUUGACAAGGAUACCAAACUUGCUCCCAACUGGGACCAUGUAAACUAUCGUGAUGAAAGAACCGAACUUUUUACCUCAAAGAUUGAACCUGGAAGAUACGAAUUCAAAUACAAUAUUAGAGCAACCACCAAGGGUACUUUCUUAAUUCCACAUGCCAUUGUCGAAGAAAUGUAUUGUUCAGAAGUAAAUGGUAAAACUAGUUCAUCAAAACUUAUCAUCGAAUAA